UUUUGUAGAAGUUACACUGAAACACAAACUCCAUGGAUUGAAACGAAAUUAUGAGCAAAAAACAUGGCACAGGUGUGCAUGCGUCAUUAUUCAUGCAAAUAUUUUGCGCACAUGAAUUAUUUGCUCCUGAGCACUUUACCACUACGUUCUAACCACAAUAAACAAACCUUGCAGAGAUUACCCCUACUUCAUAUUAGCAAAAUUAGAGCUCAAACUUGUGGCAAAGAAAUGCAUCGUGCAUAAUCUGGUAUGAACCCUUAGAGGUACCCAAGGAAGAAAAUAUGCCAAAUCUACGACUUAUCAAUAAUCAAUUGCAAGAUAGUAAAUGUAAAAUACGAUAUCAAAAACAUCUCGUCUAUCUUUAUGAUAAACUAUGUGAUACUUCAUGUAUUAUGUAUCUUUCAGGUCAAUAUGAUGCUCCAUCUGGUAAAAUGGGAGGGGGUGAAAGUAUUGAUACUGAAGAAGGAACAGGUUUUGUAAGGAAUCGUGGUAAAACAGGUCAAUUCCUUGACAGUAAAGGAUUUGGCUGGCUCCUAGAAGUUGAAGAUGACCAAGAGGAAGAACAAAAACCUUUGCUGGAAGAACUCGACAUUGAUCUGAAGGAUAUUUACUACAAGUUACGCUGUAUUCUGUUUCCAUUGCCACAGUUGGGAUUUAAUCGACAGAUUGUCCGGGACAACCCAGAUUUUUGGGGGCCUUUGGUGGUUGUGCUUCUAUACUCACUGGUUUCAUUGUAUGGUCAAUUUAGGGUGCUAUCUUGGAUUAUCACAAUCUGGAUUUGUGGUUCUCUUCUUGUGUUUAUGCUGGCAAGGGUGCUCGGAGGGGAGGUGAAUUAUUCUCAGUGUCUAGGAGUGAUAGGAUACUCAUUACUACCCUUGAUUAUUAUAGCAGCCAUUCUACCAUUGUUCAGAUCCAUGCACUAUGUUGCAAUGACAAUAAAGUUUUUGGGAGUACUAUGGGCUUCAUACAGUGCCGGCUCAUUACUAUGCGUAGAGGAAUUACAACAAAAGAGACCUCUUCUAUUAUACCCAAUAUUCUUAUUGUACAUAUACUUUCUCUCACUCUACGAUGGAGCGUAGUAUAUGAGUAUAAAUUAUUAUUGAUCAAAA